AAGACCACCCACAUUCGCUUUUUCUGAAGAUCAGACGUAGCAAAACAAUAAUGCGUGCCUUUAUUGUACUCCUCCUCGCCACUGUGGCAUGCGCUAAGCUAGCACCACUGCAAUCACACGGAGCAGACAGCAUCCCCGGAAAGUACAUUGUUGGACUUAAGGGCCAUGCUGACUUGAGUGGCAUCCCGAGUGAGAUCCAAGAUAGAAUCACUAGGAAGUACAGAAACAUCAAGGCUUUUGUUGCUGAGCUCGAUCAGAGUGCAUUGCUCAAGCUCCGCCAACUCGACAUUGUUGACUACGUUGAGGAAGACAGCAUUGUCAGAACUCAGGCCGUCACAUGGGGCUUGGACCGUGUAGAUCAAAGAAACCUGCCACUGGACGGUAAAUUCUCUGUUAGUGGUACUGGAUCAGGUGCCAACAUCUACGUCAUCGACACCGGUAUCAACCCAUCCCACAAUGACUUCGGUGGACGUGCUUCCAUUGCAUACGACGCCACCAGAAAUGGUGAUGGUGUUGACUGCAACGGACAUGGAACCCAUUGCGCUGGAACUACUGCCAGCAACACAUGGGGUGUUGCCAAGGGUGCCAAGGUCUAUGGUGUCAGAGUUCUCGGAUGCCUUGGAUCUGGUAGCACAUCUGAUAUUGUAGAAGGUAUGGACUGGGUUGCCUCUAAUGCAAAAACCCCUUGCGUCGCAUCCAUGUCUCUUGGUGGUGGUGCGUCUACAACUACCGAUAACGCUGUUUCAAGAUUGUCUGGUAAAUGCGUAGUGUCGGUUGCCGCUGGAAACAGUGACGCUGAUGCAUGUAACUACUCGCCAGCCAGAAGCAGUGAUGCCAUCACUGUCGGAGCUACCACUAUUAGUGGAACAUGGUCUCAGUAUGACGACAGAUCUUCCUUCUCCAACUACGGCAGCUGUGUCGAUAUCUUCGCUCCAGGUUCUGACAUCACCUCAACAUGGCACAACAGUAACACUGCCACCAACACCAUCAGUGGCACCUCCAUGGCUUGUCCACACGUCUCUGGUGUUGCAGCAGUUCAUCUAGGCAACGGUGUCAGCAGAAGAAAUGUCAGGUCUACAAUCUUGGGUGAUGCCACCUCUGGAGUUGUCAACAACCCUGGAAGUGGCUCUCCAAAUCUCAUGCUUUAUUUGGCUUAAGACCAGCUGAUCCUUUAUGCAUAAUAUUACACCCAGCGUGAGUCGACGUGUAGAAAUAUAUACAAGAUGAAGGUGAAUCGCAGAAAAAGAACAUCCUGUACCCUAUUCUUGACAUAUAUUUUAUUAACCAAAAUUAUAUUGAUUUACUUGAUUAUAACUCUUCGUUAUUGUUGGAAUUAUACGCUAUCAAAAUGAAAUAAAUCAGUUAAAAAAAUAUAUGGUA